AUCGUAAAAACUAAGAAAGAAAAGAAUAAUAGAUCCAUUGAUAAGGCAUAUCUCUAGGACCGCUAAAUCCUUCCUUACCCAUUUCUUCCUCAUUUGCUAUGUCUUCCAAAAAAGGCGGAGUUUCACUACCGGAUCGUCCCGGUGCUGGCGCCGGAGCCGGAGAUGGUAUCCUUUCUAGGUUUUCAUCAUCCAUAUCUGAAUCACCGAUUGUGUACCAAGGGAAGCGAGCCGCUUCCGAUGUCGCAUUUGUAGCCAAGAAACUUUUCAAGAGUACCGGAAAAGCCGCCUGGAUCGCCGGAACUACCUUUCUGAUACUCGUUGUUCCGUUAAUUAUCGAGAUGGAUCGCGAUGCGCAGCUCACUGAGCUCGAGAUGCAACAAGCUAGCUUGUUGGGAGCACCUCCUCCUGCAGGAGCAAAGUGAGGAUUUUGAUUUCGUUUUUUUUUUCUGUCUUUAGGUAAGAGAAUUCAGGGAUAUUGAUUACUUUUUUUACUGUUUUAGAAACCUUGCAAUAAGACUAUGCUAUGGAAUUUUCUAAUUUAGGGUUUUGAAACCCAAUCCGUAUAAUGUGCUCGAUUCAAUCUUUUGGGUCGGAUCGAAUUUUUGGGAAUUGCUUUCUCUAUUACUAUGUUAUCAUAAACAGGAAUACCCAAAUUUGCAGCUA